AUGCUUCUUCUUGCAUGGAACUCUGAGGGCCAAUCAGCAGAGUUCUAUUCUCUCAAGAGUAUUGCGUACCAGAAAGCAAUAUACAUGGGAAUCCACAGGUUAGAUGCUGGUACCGGCGGUGAGGACGGGAAUUUUGUUGAAUUGGAAUUAAAACGGAGAAUUUGGUGGCAUCUAGCAGCUUCAGAUUGGAUUUCCGGCAGUACUCCUGGUAACCAAGAGGGCAUGUACUCUGUGAAUCCAGCACAUGCCCGAGUCACAUACCCUGGCAAUCUCGACGAUGAAGUCUUAUCAAAUACACACCCGCCAGUGAGCCUUCCAGAAGAUCAACCAACCUCAACAUCGUUCUUGAUUCAGCGAGCCAAGUUUGCCGAGCUCUGUCGCCAACUCGUAGAUUCGAUACAAAAUGUUGGGAGAAUAGAGGAGUCCCAGCCCUGCAAUCUUAUCUAUGAAUUCAGCCAUCGAUUGAGACGCUUCGAACAAGAUCUGCCGUGGUUCUUCCGUAUGGACGAAGAAAACAAGGACAAGGCCAAUGCGCUAGCACUCAGUCGCCCAUACCUGGCACCGCAGAAACAUUCCUUGUUGUUCGGAAUAUAUUCACGAAUCGUCCGACUGCAUCGUCCAUUCCUCUCGAUGAAGCUGCACGAGCCCGAGUUUUCCGAAUCUCGAACAGUAUGCCUCCAGUACGCGGAGAAGAUCUUGAAGCUUCGCAGCAGUAUCGACCAAUCAGGAAUUUGUCACUGCGUAAACUCAUACAGUAUCCGUCAGCACACCUUUAGCGCACUGUUGCUUCUGUCGAUGGACAGUAUGCUCGAGACCGAUAUGUUUCGCGCCCAAGCUCGAAAAGCAGAGCUGAUCAAGAUCAGUAAGACCUUGAGAGACAAGGAAAUGUCUUUGAACAGAUCCAAUAGCGGCAUUGUGUUUGGAAUUGACAAGUUGGUUGACCUGCUGAGAAAGUCAACUCUAGAUACUCCAGUAUUACACUCCUCGAGUUCUUCGACAGAGAGAACAGCACAGGUGACGUUGCAAAACCCAAGCCGAUUGCCCUUGAGCGAUAUGAAUACCCCGGUCACAGCUAGAAGCCUUCCAGAUUAUUUGUCGGAACCGGGUCACACAACAUCGCCGAUGCCGAUGCCGACAUCAAUAUUUUCUGACGAGGUGGCUCUGGACGAUUUCCUCAACCAGACAGAUGGCAUGGAAGGUUUUGAGUGGGAUAGCGUUUUCCUACAUUGA